AAAACCGAAAUACAAUCGAGUGAUAGAAGGCCCAUUAAUUUGCAUAUUCCAUAGGCCCAAUACACCGGUUAGGGACACUGCUUUAGUAUUAUUACUAAAUUACGGUUUACGACCGGUUGGUUGAACAAAUUGAUUGAACCAUACUCCGGGAUCCGAACUCAGAAACACGAUGAAAUUGGCCUCCAGCUUGGUUCCUCAUCAAUGGCGUCUUUUAACAUCACCCCAGCUUUCUCUACAAGCUUUCAUUUUCUCCACAGCCAACACCACAAAGUCUCACACUUUCUGGUCUCCAACUUUGCGUCAAUGUCGGAAUCUUCAGACGGCUGUUUCUCCAAUCGUCAGUUCAAGCUACUUGCCCACUUCCUACAUUACUCAGAAGCAGAUUGAAAUCCCUACCUCCCCUGAAAAACAAUCGCCGCCAGUGCAGGAAGGUUUGGGUGCUUUUCAAAAACUGCCCAUGGUGAUGCCAUCUAUUGAUUUAUAUUGUUCUGCUCUCAGGAAGUCCAAAAGAGUCCAACCAACUAAAGGCAUUGCUAAUAUUGCAAAGCGAGAGAGAAAUAGAGGUGCUAAACAGCUUGAUGCAUUCAUGAAAGAACUGGCUCUUCCUUUAAAAGGAUACAUGGAAAGUUUUCCAAGGAAGAGACUCUUGCAUCCAUAUGAAAGGUCUCUUAUUGACUUGACACUUGGUGAUGGAAAGUAUGAAGAGGUGUUAGGAAAAGUUGAUGUUCUGAGGAAGAAGGUGCUAUCUGUUGGAAAGGAACAUGCUUCUCUCUGCGCCAAGGCUUUGUCAAAGAAAGAGGCAGAGGAACGCUUGAACGAAGGUGUGGAGAAGCUUGAACUGGUUUUCCAACAACAAGGAAGAGCUGUUGAUGAUUUGCUAAGUAUAGCGAAGGUUUUGAGGGCUAUGCCAGUUGUUGACUUGGAAAUGCCGACUCUUUGCCUUGUCGGAGCACCAAACGUUGGCAAAUCAUCGUUGGUCCGCAUUCUUUCAACAGGGAAGCCUGAGAUUUGCAAUUAUCCUUUCACAACCAGAGGAAUUCUGAUGGGUCACAUCGUUUUAAACUACCAACGAUUUCAGGUUACAGACACCCCUGGCCUUCUUAGGAGAUGUGAUGAGGAUAGGAACAAUCUAGAGAAGUUAACUCUUGCUGUACUCACUCAUCUUCCAACCGCGGUUCUAUAUGUUCAUGAUCUAACUGGAGAAUGUGGGACUUCUCCUUCUGACCAGUUUCGAAUUUAUAAAGAGAUGAAAGAGAGGUUUAAGGAUUACCUGUGGAUUGAUGCUGUGUCCAAAUGUGAUCUGCUGGGCGGCUCACUGGUGAUGUAUGCCAAAGAAGAUAGAAGCAGCGAUGACGCAGAAAUAAUUAAGUACAGGGAAACAGGACCUGAUGAAUCAAUUCAUGUCUCAGUGAAAACAGAACAAGGUCUCAAUGAGCUAAAGAGCAAAGUAAAGGAAGUACUGAGUAAUGAGAUGGAGAAGAUCAAAAGUGGAGAGAAAAUUGAUCUAAGUGUUGGUACUUGUUAAGAUCAUGUGUAUAUGGAAACAGGAUGGUGGUAAAAAAGAUGAUGAUCAAGACGACAUCGCUUCCUGCAAGGAAGAAGUUGGAGAUAGAAACGGCAGUGGCCAAGCUACAAGCACUUCAAACGAAAGAUCAAUGGGAGCUUACCAUCAAUUGUUUCUGAUGGACUUUGCUUCCAAUCUUUUCAAACUAAAUAUUCAAAGAUCGA